UGGGGGUUGAGCCUUAAGAUUUUAUUUUAGUUCACACUCUAUAGCAGUGAGGGUGCAAUCCUUGCUUUUCCUGAGUCUCAAGGAAAUGGCUCAGCCAGCUUGGCACAUUCAUUUCCUAGUCAGGGAAGUCGAGGUGACCUUGACCGUCCGUGGGGACCUGCAGCAAGCCCUUUGUGUGUUUUGCUGGAUUCUAAUGAUCACAAAGUACUUUUGGCACCUCACCGUGCUGUGAGUGCUGUGUGCUUCUAAUUUAUUGUCGGGGGAGGGGAGGUCAAAUUGCAACAAUCAAAUUUCUGACUUCCAUGGGUCAUGUCUAGCACAGUAUCACUGCCAUGGAGGCCUUGGAUAAAUAACACAGACAGAAAAUUGUUGCAGAAAAUAAAAAGAUGAGAUACACUCGCUUUGAGGCAUGGAAAUUGUAACUAAUUUGCAGCCUAAGAAGUUAUUAGAAAGUAACUUUGGAUUUAUAAAGUUCCUCUGAAGAUUGUUCUCAGUAGUCAUUUUUGCAUACCCAAAUGCAAACUGGGACCUUUUGUCCUUUGCUAGUGUUGUCUUGGUAGAGGAUUCAGGCCCCGCAAGAGCUGCUGUGACCUGGUGUUUAAGGGAGAGUGGCCAAAAGAGAGUUGGGUUACACCACCAACUAGGAAAAGUCAGAGCAGGACGCCAGCCCCAGGGCCUCUGCCUCUUAUGCAGAGCUUGCUGUUGGGGAACCCUUUUCUCCUUAAACUGAAUUUAGUGAAGAAAGCACAACAAACUUAAGGGGGUGAACUUUCCUGAAGCGAGAGUUAGUUUAAAUAUAGACGAUCUGCUUUUCUGGCAACUUGGAAGCUGCUGUGGGACUUGUUGUACCUUUUGUAAGACAAGUGAGGAAAGAUGUUGGCACCUGUACACGCGCAGUUUGUUUAUGAAAUAUAAACUCUCCUGUAGAAGUGAGGGCUCGAGAGGUCAGUGUCCAAGGUAGCAUGUCCUUCCUACCGUAGCUGGGGAAAAGGUGCUUCUCCAGGCCCUCCCUGUGAAUCGCCUCAUUCCCUAGAGAAAGUUGGGAAGGCCGAGCUUAAUGCGCUAUUAUUUAUUGAACCCCGACUCUGGCAGGGGUGGGAGUGGAAAGGUUUCUGGGAAACUGUCCCUGGGCUUGAUUUUCCUUUUCAAGGAGGAGAAACAAUACCUUGGGAGCUAUAGAGUCAGUCCUUAUUCAGAGAAAUGUCACUGUUUUCAGCUUUAGGGACUUGAUUUAUGUUCUCCUGAGCCUGGUCAGCUGAGGGGUGCUCUCGGGAGCAGGCAGCAACCCCCGCUGUGCUCCUGUUGCAGGCCCCGGCUCUAGGUGGGCCGGGCGCUGGGCACCGUAGAUCUGCAGCACAUCCUCCGUGCUCCACAGCAGCUGUCUGAAGUUUUUUCUGCUGUGCCUGAACUGAUGUCAUUUCCCUCUUGGCAGACAGCUUCAGCUUUGCUGCGUCUGAGAUAUGUCACGAGAAGGGGGGAGCCAGGCGGGGGGAGUAGCAGGAGAGCAAGAGGGAGCUGCCUGCUGGGUCCCAGGACUCUGUUUACUUUCUCUCCUUUGCUAAGGAAGGCGGGUUAACUGGCACCGUGAGCACAGGCCCACCAGGGGCAAUGCUCCUUGCAAGACCUUAACUUUUAAAAGCCCUUUGUUCCAAACGUUAAGUGUGGACGAUGCUCUGGCAGGAUGCCUUUCCUUUUGGGUCUUAGACAGGAUAAGGAAGCCUGUGUGGGUACCAACAAUCAAAGCUACAUCUGUGACACAGGACACUGCUGUGGACAGUCUCAGUGCUGCAACUAUUACUAUGAACUCUGGUGGUUCUGGCUAGUGUGGACCAUCAUCAUCAUCCUGAGCUGCUGCUGCGUCUGCCACCACCGCCGAGCCAAGCACCGCCUUCAGGCCCAGCAGCGGCAACAUGAAAUCAACCUGAUCGCCUACCGGGAAGCCCACAAUUACUCAGCGCUGCCAUUUUAUUUCAGGUUUUUGCCAAACUAUUUACUACCUCCUUAUGAGGAAGUGGUGAAUCGACCUCCAACUCCUCCCCCACCAUACAGUGCCUUCCAGCUACAGCAGCAGCAGUUGCCUCCACAGUGUGGCCCUGCAGGUGGCAGCCCCCCAGGCGCUGAUCCCACCAGGGGUUCUCCAGGGGCACAGAGCAGCCCCUUGUCUGGGCCCAGCAGAAGCAGCACAAGACCCCCAAGCAUCGCUGACCCUGAGCCCUCUGACCUGCCAGCUGACCAAGCAGCCACCAAAGCCCCUGGAAUGGAGCCCAGUGGCUCCGUGGCUGGCCUGGGGGAGCUGGACCCAGGGCCCUUCCUGGACAAGGAUUCAGAAUGUAGGGAGGAGCUGCUGAAAGAUUACAGCCCUGAGCAUGGCAGUGUACUCCCUGACAGCAAAGACAAGACACCUGGGAGACAUCGCCGCUUCACAGGUGACUCGGGCAUCGAAGUGUGUGUGUGCAACCGGGGCCACCAUGAUGAUGACCUCAAAGAGUUCAACACGCUCAUCGAUGAUGCUCUGGAUGGGCCCCUGGACUUCUGUGACAGCUGCCACGUGCGGCCUCCUGGUGACGAGGAGGAAGGCCUCUGCCAGCCCUCCGAGGAGCAGGCUCGAGAGCCUGGGCACCCCCACCUGCCACGGCCGCCCGCAUGCCUGCUGCUGAACACCAUCAAUGAGCAGGACUCGCCAAACUCCCAGAGCAGCAGCUCCCCCAGCUAGAGCAGGCCCUGCCUGUGUUCAAGAACUUGACAAAGCAAUCAGGGUUGGGGAGAACCACAAGAGAAGCAUUAAGUGACUUUUGUUCCCUUUUUUUUUCCCCUUCUCUCCCGCAUUUUCCUACAUCUCCAGGUACAGUUCGGGGUGUGGAUGCCUCUUCUUCACCCACAAAAGCACAGUGUUGUGGAGGGCUGAGAAGUUGGUUCUGCGACUCAUUCCUCAUAGCCCACACCCAUCCCUUCUUUUUAAGUCAUAUCUCACCUACAUGUUGGGGUCAGAGAUAUGUGUGUUUUAAAAGCCCUCACUAAUGGAGGCUGGGACUGUGCCCUGAGAUGAUUCUUGGUGAUAGAGUGGAUUUAUGCCUGAUUAUAGUUUAAGAGAACUUUGUUGUGUCUCAGCCCAGGAGAGGCAGCCUAUCUUGGCCCUGGGUGAAGAAGGAAGCCCACAGAGGCCCAGGGUUUGUUACCUGUGGCUGCCAGGGUCUGCAGAGCCAGAAUUGGGCUAAUCCUGUGGGACGACGAGAGCUGGCAGGCCAUUGAUGGUAGAUUGGUAGGGGACUUGUUGAUCUCUCAAAUUCCAGGUGACAAGUUAGAUGCACCCAGUGCAUCCUUGAUGGGCCCUUUCCCAGGAGGCCCUCACUAGCUGCAGACUGGGUCAGGUGUAGAAGAUUAUACUGCCUUUUCUUUGGUUUUUCUUUUAAAAACAAACAACAAAAGAGCCAAAAAUAAGAAUGUUACCGGUGGGCAUGCAAGAAUUCUCUUCUGGAAGAGGAAGGUUUGUGGCUCUCCCAAGUUGGCCUUCAAAGAUCCCGGCUAUGUUUGAGCCAGAGGGGAGAUAUUUUGUAUGAAAGCUUGGAUGGGAGCUAUCUUGGGGACUUCUGUGAGCAGGAGGCCCCCAGUGGCUGUGGGGAGAGAUGCUGCUUUCUGCAUCUCUGUCAUUUGGUCUAUGCCCACAGGUGACCGGCAUCAGCAGAGAACACCCUCUGCUGUCUGCAUGUCUCAAUGUUCCACGUGAACAAACGGACCGAGGAAGCUGUGGGGCCUAAGGAAGGGCACCCCCACAGCCUGGCUCUCACACAGUAUUUUGUCUUUGAUCUGAAUAAGUUUUUUGGGGGGGUGGGGGGCACGGUUGUUGUUUGUUUUAAAAUGACCACUUGGAAGAAAUACCUUAGUUAUCUGUGGUUUUCCUGCCUUGUCCCUGCCCCCACCACUUUGGAGUGGGGCAACUCAUUUUUCUAUAGCUUAUGUGAAGAGUCUGAGCGGCUCAGGUGGGAGGUGAGGGCGGCCGUCCAGAAGGCUGCAGGAUCCUUAGGACUAUGUUUGGCUUCAGGUGACCAGUUGAGCUCGGUUAAGAAUAAUCCGAAUGGAGAAAGCUGAAAGUAACAUUCCCCAUCCAGCCCUAUUCACGUGAAGAGUUUGGUUCUUUCCCCACUCUUGAAUGGUGACAUUCAGACAAGGCAUUGAUGUUAUGGUAAGAAAGGAAGAAAAAAAUAUAUAUAUAUACGUAUAUAUAUAUAUAUAUCUCCAAAAACAGACAAAUCCAAGGCUGUGAGGUGAACAAGUGUCUGCGUUUGGAUUCCACAAAACCAAAAUCCAUGUUGAACAAAGUGAAGUCCGUACACAGUGACUUUUUGGGUGACCCCGUGUGUGUGUGUGUGUGUGUCUGUCUGUCCGUCCGUCCGUCCGUCCGUCUGUGUAUGUGCGUCUGUUGUGUGCGAGCCCCGAGCCCUGUUUUCCUGUGAAGAUACUUUGAGUGGCAGCCAUUCUGUUCAUGUGACCCACACGUCUGGAGCACAGAUGGCCCUCUCAAGGUAAUUUAUUUUACACAUUUACUGUUUACUGAACAAAUGUCUGACUCUGUACUCGGGUGUACUCAGUAGCAUUGUCAACGGCAGUCCCCCUUUGUUUGCCAGAGAUACUGUGCUUGAAGUAGAGGUUUUACUCUGCUCAUCACUGCAAUUUGCACAUUGCUCCAUGGACACUCGGAGGCCUGUGUUCUGUUCCCUGUCAAUGGAAACGUGCUCUGAACCUGUCUGCCUCCCUCGGCUGCUCCUGGCCCUCGGUAUCAGCCUCCGGGGGUGUCCACAACCACUUGGGACGGAUGGUGAAGGUGGAGUUUCAGACAGAAGCUUGAUUGGAUCUUCAGUGACAAGCUUGCGCUACUGCCUGUGGCCCAGAAGUCGGCCCUGCCCAGAAUUGCCAGGAGGAGGCUUUGGGGGACACUACAGGUACCGCAGGGCUCCCGCAGGUACUGCCCUCUGCGGAGUCCAGCAGACACAAGCAAGCAAGCUGGUGUGUGGCCAGAGUCGGCCAGAGUGCGUCAGCAACCCUCAGAUGCCUUCCCUUCCACCUUUUUAAAAAGAGAAAAUCCAAGUAACUCACUGAAGUGUCUCAAAGGAGAACAAGUUUUACCAAAAUGAAUCCUCCUUUAUUUAACUGAUCAAAUGGAUGAACUCUGACCCUCUCAAGUUUCUUUCCCCAGUUAGAGCUGGGGGACUGGUCUGAGUAUCAGCUGUUGGGCUCACUGCAGCCCCUACCCUUAUGGUGAGAGAAGACAAAAUACAACCUGCAGGGCUGGGCUUGAUUCCUGAGGCACAGUCUGGCCCCUGCUACAAGAGGCUACCCUGCUCAGAAAGACGGAAAUAGGGGAUUGAAGGGAUAGUUGGGGGGCCAGGGAGAUUUGAUUGAGUGUGGUUUUCCAGGUGAAUGAGAAGGAUGGGGUUGGUCGAGGGUUUGGUGCUACAGUCGGAGAUUUGCAAAUGCUAACACAUUCCUGUGUGAGGCACAUCACCGUUUGUCAGUUGUUGUGAAUAUGUGUAUUUUAAGCAAUAAGAUUCAGCUGGUCAGACUUUUCUGGGCAGUCUCAGUGACGCAUUUCCUGUGCUGUGAUUGUUCUGAAGACAGAGUGGCUCUAACCACUGUGAGAAGCCCAAAUAAAAAUCAGUCCCCAAAAUUCUAA